UCAUGGGAAGGGAUUUUCCCAGUCAGAUGUGUUGAUUGUGGUGAGGCACAUAUAAUAGGCAUGCAGUGCUGUAGGAAGUGCAGGAGCCAGUAUGACAACCAUGAACCUACCAACAGUAAUCACACUUCUGUUUCUCAGCACAGCAAAUCUUGUGGCAGGACAGAAUGUAACUUUUACCAACACAACUACAACUGUUAUAACUACAGUCAUAACAACAAGCACAAAUAACACCUCCAAUGCCACAAUGACUCCAGCACCACCUCCCAAUGCAACAACUACAAGUACUACUUCAGCAACAACACCCAUUACAAUCAGCAGCAGGAUGACAACAUUGCCAUCAGUCACAACAUGGGGUCCCCUGAUGUACUGCUGGUUCCCAUGCUAUGGUGGUGCCUGUGGAGGUGGUUACCCCGUGCCACAAAUUCCUUACAGUGGUGGGAGUUUGUCUUGGUGGUUUGGAUUCCAAUUCCAAUGGUCAAAAAGCAAACCAAGACAGCAAAGCUCCCCUUGUCCAAAGAAAGGAGGCCGCAGACGCAAGGGAUGUUAAAACCAAUGUAUCCCUACAAAUAAAAAUAAAUUAUUGAAAUGCGGUGUGUCACAUAUUAAUUAUUAAUUUUGUAAAAAUGAUGUAAAAAGACAUUGUAAUUUACACAUGCCCAUAAGCAAGUUGUAUGGACUUAUAUUAAGUAACUAUAAGAUGAUAGUAUACUUACACCAACUAUCAUAGCCAGGACUGAAUGGAAAGUCCUUCAGCUGUUUUGCUGGGAAAAAACAUGCAAGUGGAAAUUUUUUGUGUGCCAUAAUUUUAAGGUAAAUGCUAACAGUGUUGUUCUUUCUCUCUCUUAAAAUAAUUGUUUUUGUAAUAUUUCCAACAGUCUAGUUGAAAUGUGCAGUUCCUCUGGCUUCUUUUCUUUUCAGAAGGCAAUGGUUUUUGAAAUGAUGAAAAGGCUAACAUGUGGGGGUAGGAUAAGUCAAGUGAAUGUCUGAAAAAAGAUAUAGAAACUAUUGGAAACAAGCAAGUGUUCACAUAUUAUAAUAUAUUUUUAAAGUAGGAUGACAUUUUAGAGUCACUGGUAUACAAGAACAUUCUGUCUUUCAUCAACUUAAUAUCAACUCCUCACUGAGAAAGUUCUUGUCAAAGAAAAGUAGUCUGAUGUGUACCAACAUUUAUUUGAUUUUGUCUUAAUAAUUAUGGUGACUGGAUUUUUUAUAUAUAAUAUGGGUCACUGAACAGGAAUAGAUCAAAUACAUACUGUCUGUUUCUUACACCAAUAAUGGUGAUUAUAAACUGAGUCAUGAGGAAGGAAAAGGGUACAACUGUGAUGUAUUGUAUGUUCCCACCCUUCCAUUUGAGCUGAAAAAUGAAGGAAGAACUUGAAGGUAUUUAGUCAUGGUAUUCACUCAAUUCUAGUCAAGAGAGACCAGUAAUUAUUAUAACAUGUCCAUGAUAAAAUAAUUCAGAUGUCUUUAUUAUAGUGUCUGAUACACUUGCAAUUGUAAUUGUAUGCAGUAAAAUCCAAAAUAAACAUAAUGGAGCAGAA